GUACUAUGCCGUGAUUUUCACGAGCUACCGGACAGAGGUGCAGGCCGACUACAGUGACACUGCGAAGAGGAUGGUCGAACUUGCAUCGCAACAGCCGGGAUUUCUUGGUGUGGAGUCGGCAAGGGAAGAGGCCGGCAUCACGGUGAGCUACUGGGAGAGCCUGGAGUCCAUCUCGGCGUGGAAGAGACAGGCGGAGCACGCUCUGGCCCAAGAGAGAGGCAAGAAGGACUGGUACCAUUGCUAUGCCACCCGCAUCGCCCGCGUGGAGCGCGACUACACGUUCCAGAAGACAUCUGCGGACGACGAGGGAACCUGA